AUGUGGCGGGGCCGGGAGGUCGCCCCGAAGGCCGCGACCCGCCGCCGGCCGCCCGCCAUUCAAUUCCCUGAGGAGAGCCCGGAGCCACGCUUCGACGAGUCGGAUGUGCCGGCAGAACUGCGAGUGGCCAAUGGGUCGCAGAAGUUUGUGAAUUUCACUUCGACCAUCCAGAACCAGCUGCUCUUGGUGUCGCUGCUGGAGCACCUGUGCCACAUGUACACGCACAACCCUGUGCACUCGAGGUGCUUGUUCCGAAUACUUCGACAGGCUUUCACGAGAACAGGUUUGCUCUCCCCUUUUGCCUUCUGUGAUGAGUUUAGUACUGUAAGACUGCAGCAUAAUAGAGCCAUUACUGAGCUAAUGAAAGCAGCUAACCGCCAAGUACUUAAUGGGGAACUUGAUAAUGGAGAUUCUCGUGCAAUUGGGGAAAAAGAAGUUCUCUUGGAAGCACAGACUUCACGAUACUUGAAUGAAUUUGAUGAGAUUGCAAGAUUGGGAAAAGGAGGAUAUGGCCAAGUAUACAAGGUCAGAAACAAGUUAGAUGGUCAGUUCUAUGCUAUUAAAAAAAUCAAUAUUAAGAAGGCUACAAGAAGAGAUUGCAUGAAGGUCCUUCGAGAAGUUAAAGUGCUGGCUGGACUGCAGCAUCCUCAUAUUGUGGGCUAUCACACUGCUUGGAUGGAACAGGUUCAAACAGCUUGCCCGAAAGAUAAGACAAUAUUGAAGUUGCAGUCGUUACCCUUGGAACAGGAGAGUGGCAAUGAUCACUGUCACAUUCAGAGUGUGGAAAGUGGUAGUUCAAUUAUUUUUGCUGACCUUACUUCACAAGAAGAAAAGUCUGGCGACAGUACAUAUCUUGGAAAUCAGGAUAGUGAAUUGGUGCAGAAUAUGGAUGUAAGGAAUGAUUUCACUAACAGCAAUAGUAAGGAAAUAGGUAUGAAACCAAAUAGAUGUGAAUCGCCCGUAGAACUACAAGCAGACUCUGUCAGUAGUGUUGACUGUAGAUCAACUGAUUUUAAAAAUGAUUCAUCAUACGGCCAUCCCUGUAGUCUGGAUCUAGAUGCUAGUGCUGGAAGUGAGUCCUGCACUGAAGAGUGCUCUGGGAAUGAUGUAGCUCUCUGUGGAGGGUUUGAGGUGGAGUAUCGUUUGAUGCUUUAUAUACAGAUGCAACUGUGUGAACUGUCCUUGUGGGACUGGAUUGCUGCCCGUAACAGAAGGUGCAGUGAGAAAACAGAGGAUGCUGCUGGUCCAUACCAUCUUGUGGAUGUCAGCUGGACAAUGAAAAUUUUUGAAGAGUUAUUAGAAGGAGUGUGCUAUAUCCACAGCAUGGGAGUGAUGCAUCGAGACAUUAAACCCAGAAAUAUAUUUUUGCAUGGAUCAGAUCAUCAAGUUAAAAUAGGAGAUUUUGGAUUAGCCUGCCAAGACCUCCUUUGGGAUGAUGCAGACCAGUGGUUUCACACAGGAAGGAUAAAUGGACUGACACAUACCUCAGGUGUGGGGACUUGCCUAUAUGCUUCCCCAGAACAGCUGCAGGGGUCUGACUACGACUUCAAGUCAGACAUGUAUAGCUUGGGUGUUAUCCUGCUGGAACUCUUCCAGCCAUUUGGAACAGAAAUGGAAAGAGCAGAAGUUAUAACAAAUGUAAGGAAUGGCCACAUUCCUCGUAACUUCUACAAGAAAUGGCCUGUUCAAGCCAAGUAUGUGAAACUUCUCACCAGUCAGGUAUCCACAGAAAGACCAAGUGCUGCUCAGCUUCGUGACAGUGAGCUGUUUCAUACCACAGAACACGUUAUUUCUAAUCUACAGCAAAAGGUGAGAGAGCAAGAAGAAGAAAUAGAAAAGCUGAAAGAGAAACUAAGACUGCUUUCCUCUGGACAAGAUGAACAUAUGAAACAAGGUUCUCCAGUUUAAGUACAGGAAGAACACAACUACUGUAUGUUAAGUUAUAGAAAAACUUUCUUUUUUUUACAUAAAAAUAGUUUGGUGCA